UUCACUUGACCUAGCAGAGAGCAGACCAGCUGGUUGUUGAAAGUUGGAAACAAUUUGAUUCGACGUGGAAGUAACAAGAUUAUCUGAUUUUCUCGGGCUUCAGGGUAGCACAGAGCGAGGAAAAUGUCGAAAAAGCAAGACGGAAAGGUUUUCGCCAAAGUAGAAUUUCCUCUUUACUCUGUCGAAGUGCUGGAUAGUCGGCACGUAUUGGUGGCCGGAGGUGGAGGAGCAGCCAAAACUGGUGUUGACAACGGAUUUGAAAUAUUCGAGGUUUCACACGACGGAGAAAAUUUUGUUGGAGAGGCAGCAUUGACACAUGACACCGGCUCAAAUGCUGUCAUGAAUUGUGCCUGUCAUACUGACGGAAGAAAGUAUUUCUUAGUGUGCGGACAAGAAAGCCACUGUCAGCUUUACAAUGCAAAUAUAAGUGUCACAAAGGAGUCAGACGUCAUUCACGAUAAAGGUGAAUUGCGUGAUAGUAUUAAAUUAAAUAUGAUUUUUUUACUUCAUCUUUCAGACGACAAAAAAGAUGAAAAAAUCAGACAGAGAAAAAGUGUUUCAAAUGGUAGCAAUCCCAAUCAGCGAACAGAUUCCAAUAGCAAUGCGUUCAAAAAGCUUCAAUUCAAGAUCAACCUUGGUGAUAGUAUCCAGACAGAUUUCAGUAAGGGUGAACCUCCUCUGCAAAGAGUGGUGCGCAUCAGCAGAAGUGGACAGCUGAUGGCAACUGGUGGACUUGACGGCCACUUGCGAGUCUGGCAAUUUCCAUCGAUGGAGUUAAUUCAUGACAUCUCUGCUCACAUAAACGAACUGGAUGAUAUUGACUUUAGUCCAGAUGAGAAAUGGGUUGUCAGUGUUGGCAAGGAUGCCGGAGGACAUAUUUGGGACUGUGCGAAAGCGGCCAGAGUCAAAACGCUCACUUGGGAAACCCCUGAAAAGGCCAAAUUUCUGUUCAAGCGAUGCAGGUUUGGCAUUGUUGAAGGCAACAAAUCUCGAUCUCGGCUAUUUGUGCUGGCCAAUCCCGUCUCAGGCCGGUCCAAGAAAAACUCGUACCUGCAAUUCUGGAACCCGCAAGAGGGCUCCAUCGUUAACGUGUGGCCAUCAAGCGAAAGUUUAAGUGCGCUGGCUGUGUCCGACUGCGGCCGUUUCGUGGCCGCUGGCACCAUGUUCACGGGCAGCGUGCACGUGCUGAUCGCUUUCAGCCUGCAGCAGGUGCUGCAUGUGCCCAAGGCGCACAACAUGUUUGUCACUGGCCUUGCCUUCCUGCCCUCCGCAACUGCUUCGGCUGACUGCGUCGAGGCGGCCGUUUUGAGUAUUUCCGUGGACAAAAAGGUCUGCGUUCACACUGUGCAUGAGCGCCGGACGAUGCCCUCGUGGGUCGCCAUUGUGCUCAUUAUCCUCGUCCUUUUCUUAACUUUUGUACUCUGUAGUGUCCUUGGUUUGUAAUAGAGCGAAAUGCCAGGAAAAUCCAGGCCACCAACUAGCCACUACCUCCGCAUUUUGGGGUGUCCCAAAUUUUAGUCUACCAAUGGAAUGCCUGGCUGAUAAACAAAGAAAUGAUUGCCUUGGAGCUGUUUACAUUAAAUUGAGAAUGGGUGGAUGUUUUGAUAUAUUAUAUUUUUUUAAAUCUCAUUAUUACUGUGCGCAUAUUUAGAAGUCAAUUUUACCCUUUCAGUCUCUUGUGAUAAAACAGUGAGGGGUCAUUCAAGAAUGGAAUUUUUAUUCAACAUUCAGGCAUCUCAUUUGAUGGACUCUCCUUUUUUGCUGUAUAUACCAACCUUGCUAGACUUUCAGACUUUUUGGGUUGUGCUGUCCGCUUUUAAAAUGCUGUGCACACAUUUUUUCUCUAAUUGGGAUUCGCUGUAGAAAUUCGCCAAAUUCACUUGAAGGUUUAGCGUCCAUUGCAUGAUAUUUUAAGCAAAAUGCCACGAACAUAAUCCCCUUUGAGUUGAAUAUUACCCUAGUCCUCUAAACUCAACUUCAACAUUCCCUGUAUCUCAAAUUUUGAAUGGUGCAUAUUCAUGCCAUCUAUCAUGUCUCUCAUCCUCUGACAAUAUAUGAUUAAAUAUCACGGUUCUAUUGUAAUAAAUGUUUUAUUCGUUCAUUUCAUGAACAAAUUGUUUAUAAUUC